AUGGCAUUUCCCAGCGGCAAAGCCUACUACUGCCUCCGCCUCAUCGUUCUGGUCGCCGUCCUGCCCUGCCUCGCGCGGCGCGGCGCGGGGCAGCAGCAGCAGCAGCAGCAGGGCGGCGGCGGCGACGAGAAGCAGCUCCUGCUCCAGAUCAAACGCGCGUGGGGUGACCCCGCCGCGCUGGCGUCGUGGACGGACGCGGCGCCGCACUGCCGCUGGCUGUACGUGUCCUGCGACAGCGGGGGCAGGGUCACGUCGCUGUCCCUCCCCAGCGUCACCGUCGCCGGCGCCGUCCCCGACGCCAUCGGCGGGCUGACGGGGCUCACGGUGCUCAACCUGCAGAACACCAGCGUCAGCGGCGGCUUCCCGGCGUUCCUCUACAACUGCACCGGGAUCACCUCCAUCGACCUCUCGCUGAACAGCAUCGGCGGCGACCUCCCCGCCGACAUUGACAGGCUCGGCAGCAACCUGACGAGUCUCUCCUUGAACAACAACAACUUCACCGGCGAGAUACCGCCGGCGCUGUCGAAGCUGAAGAAUCUGAAGGUCCUUACUCUCAACAGCAACCAGCUCACCGGCACGAUCCCGGCGGAGCUCGGCGAGCUGACGAGCCUCGACACGCUCAAGCUCGAGGUGAACUCGUUCAGCUCCGGUGAGCUGCCGGGAUCGUUCAAGAACCUGACGAGCCUGAAGACGGUCUGGCUGGCGAACUGCAAUCUCACCGGCGAAUUCCCCAGCUACGUCACAGAGAUGCCGGAGAUGGAGUACCUCGACCUAUCCCAGAAUUCGUUCACCGGAGGAAUACCUCCUGCGAUCUGGAACCUUCCAAAGCUGCAGUUUUUAUACCUGUACAGCAACAAACUCGCCGGCGACGUCGUCAUCAAUGGCAAAAUUGGAGCAGCAAAUUUAACUGAGAUUGACAUAUCUGUAAACCAGCUGACUGGAUUGAUCCCAGAAAGCUUCGGAAGCUUGAUGAAUCUUCGAUACUUGAACUUGAACACGAACAAGUUCUCAGGCAAGAUACCAGAAGUCAUUGCUCAGCUUCCAGCGCUGGAGUUUUUGCUUCUGUUCCAGAACAAUCUCGCCGGCCAACUUCCGGCGGAGCUCGGGAAGCACUCGCCGGUUCUGCGAGACAUCCAGGUCGACAACAACAACCUCACCGGGCCAAUACCGGAAGGGGUGUGCGAGAACCGCGGGCUGUGGAUUAUCUCCGCCUCCGCCAACCGGCUGAAUGGCUCAAUCCCGGCAGGUCUUGCAGCGUGCCCGGCGCUGAUGAGUCUUCGGCUCCAGGACAACGAGCUUUCCGGCGAGGUGCCGGCAGCUCUGUGGACGGAGACGAAGCUGAUAAACUUGCUCCUGAACGACAAUGAGCUCACCGGAACCCUACCGGAGAAGCUGUUUUGGAAUCUGACGGGGCUUUAUAUCCACAACAACCGCUUCAGUGGUCGGCUUCCGGCGACGGCGAUUAAGCUCCAGAAGUUCAACGCCCACAACAACCUGUUCUCCGGCGAUAUACCUGAUGGGUUCGCCUCCGGGAUGCCGUUGCUGCAGGAGCUGGACCUGUCACGGAACCAGUUGUCCGGGGCAAUCCCGGCGAGCAUCGGAUCGCUCAGUGGCCUGACGCAGAUGAACUUCAGCAUGAACCAGCUCACCGGCGAGAUACCGGCGGGGUUGGGCUCCAUGCCGGUGCUCACCCUGCUGGACCUUUCGUCGAACAAGCUCUCCGGUGCUAUUCCGACGGCGCUGGGAUCGCUGAAGGUUAACCAGCUUAACCUGUCGUCCAACCAGCUCACCGGCGAGAUCCCGGCUGCGCUCGCCGUCCCAGCCUACGAAGAGAGCUUCCUGGGCAACCCCGGUCUCUGCGUAUCGGCGCCGCGGGCGGGUAAAUUCGCAAGCAUGCGCUCGUGCGCCGCGGCGAAGGCAUCCGACGGCGUAUCGCCGGGUCUCCGGUCGGGUCUCCUCGCCGCCGGCGCCGUGCUCGUCGUCUUGAUCGGCGGGCUCGCCUUCUUCAUCGUCCGCGACAUCAAGAGGCGGAAGCGGCUCGGGCGGACAGAACCGGCAUGGAAGCUUACCCCUUUCCAGGCGCUCGACUUCAGCGAGGCCUCCGUUCUGAGGGGGCUCGCCGACGAGAACGUCAUCGGCAAGGGCGGCUCGGGACGCGUUUACCGCGUCGCGUACACCGCCCGGAGCGCCGGCGGCACGGGCGGCACCGUCGCCGUGAAGCGUAUCUGGACCGGCGGCAAGCUGGACAAGAACCUCGAGCGGGAGUUCGAUUCGGAGGUGGACAUCCUCGGCCAUGUCCGGCACACGAACAUCGUGAAGCUCCUCUGCUGCCUCUCCCGCGCGGAGACGAAGCUCCUCGUGUACGAGUACAUGGACAACAGCAGCCUCGACAAGUGGCUCCACGGGCACAAAUGGCUGGCCGGUGGCGCGACUUCGAGAGCGCCGUCGGUCCGGCGAGCGCCGCUGGACUGGCCGGCGAGGAUCAGGGUGGCCGUCGGCGCGGCGCGGGGGCUCUGCUACAUGCACCACGAGUGCUCCCCGCCGAUCGUGCACCGGGACGUCAAGUCCAGCAACAUCUUGCUCGACGCUGACCUCAGGGCCAAGGUCGCCGACUUCGGGCUCGCCCGGAUGCUGGUCCAGGCCGGGACGCCGGACACCAUGUCCGCCGUCGCCGGAUCGUUCGGCUACAUGGCUCCCGAGUGCGCGUACACGAGGAAGGUGAACGAGAAGGUCGACGUGUACAGCUUCGGGGUGGUGCUCCUCGAGCUGAUCACCGGCAGGGAGGCCCACGACGGCGGCGAGCACGGCUCCCUGGCGGAAUGGUCGUGGCGGCACCUGCAGUCGGGCAGAAGCAUCGCCGAGGCGGCGGACAGUUGCAUCACCGACGCCGGGUACGGCGACGACGUGGAGGUCGUGUUCAAGCUCGGCAUCAUAUGCACCGGCGCGCAGCCGGCGACGCGGCCGACGAUGAGAGACGUUCUGCAGAUACUGGUGAGGUGCGAGCAGGGGCACCAGACGACCGCCGACGAGAAGGCGGCGGAGUACGACGGCGAUGGCGCGCCGUUCCUGCAGGUCCGGGGUGGCAGCCGCCGGAAACAGCUUUCUGAUACCAAGGGGGUCGACGACGGCAAGGGCAGCCUGGAUAGCAUCGUCUGAGAACAAAUGGUCAAUAAGAAAUUUAACCUGAUCCAACGGUUACCAUCUAGGAGAGACGGCACACUAGUUAGGAGAGCAGGUAGAUACCAUUACCACGCAUACAUAUUCGCCAUCCCUUUGUAAAUGCAUCUAUAAAAUUGUGAGAUAGCAAGAGUGGCUCAGUCA